AUUCUAACCACGACAAAGACUCAGAGAGCCAUCCUUCGACAAAGUGAGAAGAGAAACGAGAUCUUCGUCGGAUCUCUUCGCAGCUGGAUUUCUCCGCCGGAUCUCUUCGCAGCUGGAUUUCUCCGCCGGAUCUCUCGCCGGAAUCCACUCCUCUUUGAUCUUCUCCCUCCACUCCACUCGUCUUUGAUCUCUCCGCCGGCUGUCUUCUUCUCUCUCGUGCGUGGGUUUGAAUUAGCUGCGACCAUUGUUUGAGAGUGCUUGUAUAGAGAACAUGGCGGCAGGUGAAAUAAUCACUGAGCAGCCUCCAGAAAGCAUAGUAGGAUUGAUCGAGAAAAUGGCAUAUGUGGUUGCACUAAGGGGGCCGGAGUUUGAGAAGGAGAUGAUAAUCGUUAAUAGGGGAGAUACAACUUUCAGCUUUAUGAGUAGCUCAGACCCUAAUCACGCUUUGUACCAGCAAAAGCUUACUGAAUAUCAAGGAGGUAAACCUCCGGAUUUCCAACCUAAUACUCCAGCUACUCGUGAGCCUAAGGGCAAAGCACAAUCCUAUGAUCUUGAGCCUCCUCCCUCAAAGGAGCCUCGAUAUACCGAGAUCUCACGCAGGGAGAAGGAGCUUUGUACUAUUAAGCUCAUUGCGCAGUUUGUGGCGCGGUAUGGGAAGCUUUUUCAUGAGGAUUUGAAGCGUGUAGGUGUUAUGAGCCCUAUGUUUGACUUUAUUAAGCCAACUAAUAGCAACUUCGGUCUUUAUAAUGCCCUCGUUACUUCGUAUUCACGAGUAUUAAAACCUUCCCUUGGUUCUCCCUUCUUUCUUGAUCGUAUUUUCGACCAUCUUCAAUUGGAGAAGCUGGAGGAGGGAAGUGAGACUGCUAUGAUUGAUUUGUUUGAUUUUGUGGGUGGUGUUGACUUUUUUGCUCACAUGGACGAUGCUCACUAUCCUGCUAUCCUACCACCACCUCAACCCUUUUCAAUGAUAACGCACUUGUCUGAUUUGCAAGCUGAUGAUUCAGCUAUUCAUGAGUGUGUAGGCCAUGCAGAAACCAGUCUUGGGCCUCCUACUAUAAGGAUCACACCCAAGGAGUUCGGUGUUAUUAAGCUCACAGCGUUGUUUGUGGCGCGGUAUCGGAUGCCUUUUCGUCGGGCUUUGAUGAUGAGAGUGGCUAUGAACCCUCUGUUUGAGUUUAUGUUCUUUCUCCCGUCUUCUCUGAAGAAAAGACUACUGUUUACGGACUGCCCUUCUCUGACGAAGAGAGUACUGUUUACGGACCCUUCGUUUGGGUUUGUGGAGCCAACCGAGAUCAGGUUCAAUAUUUUCAAUUUGCUUGUUGAUGCGUAUUCCAGAGUAUUAUUCCCUUGCAAAAAGCUGAAGAAGAGUGAUGCUUGUACGAGGGCCGUUGUUGAUUUUUUUCUCAAACUCCUUCACUUGGAGAGGCUGGAGGAGGGAGUGGCGGCUGCUGUGAUCGAUUUGCAUGCUUUUGUGGGUGGUGUUGACCGUUUUGCUCACCUUGAUGAUGAAGAUUAUUCUGCUUCCAUGCCACCACCUGAACGCCUUUCAGUGAUGAUGAACCGGGUAACACUAUCUGAGCCUGAUAUGCUUUUGCAGCUUCCAUUGGGAUCUCAGCUUGCUAGUGUUCGUAAGCAAUACAAAUGUGUAGGCGAUAUCGAUUCUUUAAGGGCUCCUACUCUAAGAAGCGUAACAUUUAGAGUCCCUGGAAAGGGGAUCACACUCAAGGAGCUUGGUAUUAUUAAGCUCACAGCGCAGUUUGUGGUGCGGUAUGGGUAUGAUUUUUGGUGUGUUUUAACGGAUAGAGUGUCUACGAACUCAUUUUUUCAGUUCUUGAAUCCUUUCGAUAAGCAGUUCCGUUUUUACUGUGGGCUUUUACUUGCGUACACCGGAGUGCUAAAACCUUCUAAAAUGCUGAAGAAGCCUGAUGCUUGUACGGUGGCUUUACUUGAGGGGUUUUUCCACCGACUUCAACUGUGGAAGCUGGAGGAGGGAGUGGAAACGGCUAUGAUUGAUUUGCAUGCUUUUGUGUGUGGGGUUGACUGUUUUGCUCACAUGGAGGAUGGCGACUAUUUUGCUAUAAUGGAUCCACCUGAACGCCCUUCAAUAAUGAUUAACCAGCUAAUACAAAUACAUACUUCACUGGGAUCUCGGCUUACUGGAUACCAUGCUCAGAAUCAGGGUGGAACUCAGGAUAUCCGACCUGAUGCUCCAGCUACUCAUGAGUGUGACAGUGAUGCACAACGCGAUCUUGAGUUUCAUUCUGCCUGGGAGAAGCGUAUAGUACGUAGCUAUCAUUAUCCCUAUGUAUAUGGUGGCGGGAUAACACUCGAGGAGCUUGGUAUUAUGAAGUUCACAGCUCUGUUUGUGGCGCGCUAUGGGAUGCAUUUUUGUCAAGAAUUGAUGAAGGAAGUUGUUAUGAAACCUCAGUUUAAGUUUAUGGAGCCAACUAAUCAGAAGUUCAGUUUGUAUAAUGUGGUUGUCGAUGCGUAUUCCAGAGUAGUAUACCCUUUUGAUGAUGCUUGUACGGAGACAGUUCUUGAGGAUUUUUUUCGCCGUCUUCAACUGGAGAAGCUGGCGGUGGAAGAAGAAGCUAUGAUUGAUUUGCAUGCUUUUGUGAGUGGUGUUGACUAUUUUGCUGACUUGGAAGAUGUUGACUAUUUUGCUGACUUGGAAGAUGUUGACUAUUAUGCUUUAAUGCCACCACCUGAACUCCUUUCAAUUAUCAUGAACCGGAUGCGUGGUAUGCGUAAGUGGCUUCCACUGGAAUAUCGCCGUAUGUAUCCUCCUAUUCCUUAUACUCAUGGUCAGUGUGCAGACAGUUGGUAUCGUCAUUGUCUGUGUACUCAUGGGUUUGCAGACCCUUCAACGUGGUUGAUGCAAACUGCAGGACCCAAGGAACCAGAGACAAAGAGACAAAAGUUUGACGAGUCAGCUCUUGUUCCAGAAGACCAGUUUCUUGCUAAAAACCCGGGUCCCUCUAGGAUCAGGGUUGUUGUUGCAGACUCUGAUAAUGGAGCCAUCGAGAUCACAGUGAAGUCGUUAUCGGAAAAAGUGGCAAGUUUGAAGAAGAAAAUAGCUAGGGAGAUCCGAAUUCCAGCAAACAAACAGAUGUUAAGUGGAAAAGCCCGGGUUUUAAAGGACAACAGGUCACUUGCACAUUACAAUGUUGGAGCAGGAGAAAUCCUAACAGUGUCUCGGUGAGAAGGCUUUGUGUACAGGGGAAAUGCUUUUGUUUAAGUCUUUAAUUAAUUUGGCUUAAGUUUUUUUUGGAUUGGCUUAAGUCAAACAUUUAUUAAUUAAAGUUAAGUUUAUAUAUAGAAAAUACAAGAUGGUGUCAAAAAAUUGCAUGAUUUAAACAAACUUUGCAGCAGAUGCAUAAGAAAUUUGAGGUUCUUUUGUUUUAUUCA